AUGAUAAGGAAUGUGGCUGCAUUGUUGCUCGUGACGGUGGGUUUGGGUUUGGUUGGGGCUCAACUUGAGGUUGAGUCUGAGAAGACCAAUGUACAACCAAUUUCCAGGUAUUUCAUUCAUUUUGUUAACGAUCUAAGCAUCCCCGAUUUGACGGUGCACUGCAAGACGAUCGACAAUGAUUUAGGAAUUCAUCGUUCUCUUAAACUGGGAGAUGAUUACCAAUUUAACUUUAACUACAAUGUUUUGAAACCAACUGUAUAUUGGUGCAAAGUGGAUAAGCCGAAUGCAUAUAUCUUUUUCCAAUGCUUUUGGCCAGAGAAGAAUAGCACAUGGCUUCGUGAUAGAUGUCGAGAUGGAGAUGUAGGAACUUGUACUUGGAAGUUUAAAGACGGUGGAAUUUACUUGAGAAACAAUGCAGCUAAUACUGAUGAAUUGGUUCAUACUUGGAUCAAUAUGUGA